AUGACACUCCAGAGACUGGAGUUCGUGAAAAAGCACAUUGGUGUCAAGAGUCACGAUGACAUUCUCUUGUGCCCGGUCAAUACCCUCACCGAAUACCUCCGACGCAUCCAAGGACAUGACUUUGAUGUUCAUCAUCCUAAAUACGCGUCGAUACGAUAUCGCCCCCUCCUGCGCGAUGUCCGGGAUCCUAGCCGACAUGUCGGAGCUGAGCGCAUCAGUAACCACAUCGCUUUCAUCAGUCGCAAGCUUAAUCUGCCAAAGGAUGCCAAAUUACCCAAGGCUCGUGCCAUCGGAUCUACGGCUGCGAUCAAACAUAACUACAUCUCCCUAUCACCAGACUUGACCCCCCGCAGCCCUUCAGUCUCCCAAACCUACACCUGCAACUUCACCGACCACGACCACCUCUCCCUCCAGAUCAAGCCUCCCUCUCAGAUCCGUCAUGGAAAAGGUGCCUGGCGCCUCAACACUUCUCUUCUGCGCCAGCAGGAAUUCCGCACUUACUUGACCACUACCCUAGACAUGGAUCCGUCUCUCGAACAUCGGAAAACCCCCAUCAGCACUGGGGUCGCCUCAAAAAGCAUGUCCGGAAUGCGAGUAUCUCAUUCUUGA